AUGGCCUUACCUUACACCCCUGUGUCCGAGAAUCGUGUUAUCAAGCGUGAUGUCGGCGGGGGCUUUUACAACCACCUUGACCCAGAGAGUUUCGUCGUCGCUGCCGUUCACGUGUCGCCUUAUCCUGCAAACGUCAACGUCUUUUCUGCAGCAGCCAACCUCACGUGGACCGUGGAGCGCGGUGUUGAGAUCAGGCGUGGGUCUGCUCCAUUCCCCGAGACGCGGUUCCCUGGUUAUCCGUUUGCCUUGACCAGCAAUCCUUCCGAGGUCAACUACUACAUUGAGCAAUCGCUCGAGGUUGGCUCGAGUGAGUGUGAGACGAUCAUCACCGCGACCAAGGAGGCUGGCAUCUACGUCUCUUUUGGUGCCUCAGAGCGUACGAACACAUCCAUCUUCAUGGCUCAGUUCCUGCUCGACCCCGAAGGCACAACCCUCAUCCAUUGCCACAAGCUGCGCCGGUCAGACGGCGAGCGCAAUCUGUGGUCUGACGGCAAGCUUCAUGAUUUCAACGUGGCGUCCACGCCAUACGGUCGGAUGGGUGUCGGGUGCUGGGAGCAUUUUCACAUGGCUCUUGAGUCUCGAGUAGCGGCUCAUUGUUGCAGCCCUGCGGUCCGACAGAAUUCAUCCUAG